CAUCGGGGCUGCGUCUCAGCGUGAACCCCGAGCCUCCGCAACCAGCGCCCAGCGCGAGACAGGGUUUCAACCUGGAAGAAGAUGGUAUUCUUCAACUGCUUCGUCUGCGCUUAUCAUUUUGAGAAAGGAGGUAGACGCUUUAAAGAGUUCCCGUAAGAUAUUCCACCGUAGCUGGCGUACAACAGAAAAGAGGGCAGUGAUCUCGCUGCCUGAAGUCAGCGCUGCUACAAGAGUCCAGCGCCAUGAAACUGAAUCCCCAACAAGCUCCACUCUAUGGACAGUGUGUGCUGACUGUUCAGCUCGACGAUGAUGAUGUGAGUCGUGCUGAGGGAGAAGAGGAAGAGGAGGAGGUGGAGUUGUAUCUUUUAUUCUCAGGAUCCACCCAAAGACAUCUGACUAGCACACUGCGAGUCAGCCGUGUCACACUGCAGGCUGUGUGUCCAGGCCAUAAUGUGUGUGAGCAGGUCUUGGUGACGUUAUGUUUGGCACGUCGUGGUGGACCAGUGGACACACACUCCCAGGAGACCUUCUGCUUUGUACAGGACUUGGCUCUCGACAUGGCCCACUUCCUACUUGACAACGCAGAUCCACAGGAAGCAUUGCUAUUGGAUGAUGAGCAGAUUCCGUUGAAAGAGUGUGAGAGGUUGGAUCAGAACCUCGCUUUGGCCCUGAAACACCUCACCCUGCCCCACCAGAGGACUGCACCAGGAGCACCCUCACACACAUGCACACAGACAGCUGUGGACAGGCAGAUGGGUAACCAAACACUGUCUGUUACAGCGACAGACACACAUGCACACAGUGACACGGACAGACACAACACAGAGACACACAAGGGAACAUGGAUGGACGUCUCCACACUGCUGGACAGUUGCACCGCUGUGACUCAGUGCCAGCAGCUCUCCAGCUUGCUGCACUUGGCAGCCAGUCAUGGUCUGAGGACUGUGGCAUCGUUCCUCCUGCAGCAGCCAGGAGGCAGGGAAGUGCUGAGGAGGCCCAAUGCUCAGGGACUAACUCCAGCAUGUCUGGCAGAGAGCAGAGGACAUCAGCAGCUGGUGGAGCUCUUCACACAGUAUGAGACGUUCUCAAAUGUCCAAGUGGAACCAAAGGAGCAGCCGCACUUUUACCCAGAAGGCCGAGUGUUUCAGCACCAUGCAGAACUCAAUACCUACACCCUAACGUUCCCCGGCCUCCAUCAGGGGGAGGGGGGGGCAGAUACACAGAGCAGUGCAGACUGCUGCUUACAGGAGGAGGUGAAGGAGCUAAGGAGACUCAUUCAUCAUCACAGAGACAAAAAGGGAAAAUCAGAUUUUGCUGGUACCAUCGCACAGACACAUCUCCACAUCUCCACAUCCCUCUCCAUCGAUCAUGAGCUGGUCAGUCCUGCCUGUGGGCUACAGCCUUGCUCUAACUGCCAGCAAGAGAGCAAGUGGGAUGCAGGCCUAGCUGUGGUAACCAUAGAGAACUGUAGCACAACAGCAGAGGAACAGGGAAGUCCUCUGUUAUUGGAGGAGAAAACACAUGGGGAGGACUCUGCUGUCGUCACUCAUACAUCCUGUACUAGUGGAAGUCUUUGUCAGAGCCAGGAAGCUGGGGGAGAACAGAAGGGUACACCAGCUGCCAACUCUCCUGCUGGCCGUAACAGGAAAAACAAAAAGAGAACCACAAAAACCACAAGACAUGGAACAGAAUCUCCAGGAAAUAACAGAAGCACCCCAGAGGCCGGUAGAGGGACUGCACGGAGGCCCACAAAGACAACAAGAAGUAGACCAGAGACAGAUGGAACUAUUUCACCCAGAGAACCAGCGGUGGUAUCUGUGAUCGGUGACGGAGGAGCCACAAAAACUCAGUGUAGUCCCAGAACAGAAGAGACUCCAUUACCCAUAAAGCCAGUGUCUACACCAGGUGGUGAUGGGAAGUGUGCUGGCAGGAAGGCAGUUGCGUUGCGUACCACCACCAUCAUAGAAAAACAGGAAGGAGAGAAGUGGGAAGUUGACCAGCUGAUAUGUGAGCGAGUUGUAGAGACAGAAACAGUGACAGAGACAGAGCAAGGAGACACUGAAAGUCUCCCAGCAAAAGAAGCUAAGUUUAACUUAGCUCUGGAAUCAGCUGCAGAGAGGACAGUAACCAUGGGUCAGGAACAAUCCCAGGAUCCCCAGGAAAGCCAGUCAGACCCAGAAGAGCCAAGCCAACCUGACACCAUGAACAAGAGUACUCAGUCUGGCAGGAGGAUCAGCCCCAAAUCCCCGGACACGGAAAGAAAACCCUGGAGAGGGCUUUGGCGGGAUGGAGGCUGGAUUGGAAGCAGAAUGGGAUCACCCCCACAUGGAGCAGAAACAGUAGCAAAAACAGUCUGGUAUCAGGGUGAAAACCUAGAGCAGGGUCCCAAUGAAGACUGGGACAGAAAGGAGUCAGUUUGGUAUGACAGUGACACAAUGGAUCAGAGAAAACAUGAACAGCUGGAGCAGGGAAUGAGAGAGCAGAAAGAAUGUGAUCUGAGCUCACCCCAAGCUUCUGGUCUUAGUUCUCCACAGCUGUUAGAACAGUGUCUUAGUUCUCAUCAACUGUCUGCAGCUCUUAGUCAGCCACAUGCCGCUGGAACACAGCCAGCACUGUCACAUGGGCCUGGUGCACAAAGACGGGAAGUACACGGAUCACAGCGAGAGGAGGAAGUAGGGCCAGAUUGGAAGAAGGGAGGAGUGGAGGGAGACAAAGAGGAGGUCAGUAACAGAGAGACAACUUACAGCAGAAAGAGUUCUGAGACAGCAGACAUCGAAGAGGGAGGAGAAGAGAAGCAAGGGAGCGAAGAGAAAGGGUCAAAGGGCAGAAAAAAGAGGAGGAAGAAGAGGGGGAAGAGAGGCACAGAGGCCAGGCUUAGCUCCAGCUCCACUAUCUCAGUAUCUCAGAGUGAGAUAGAGAUACAGACACAGAGGGAACAAGUGACAAACCUGAAUACUCAGUCAAAGACAGAGUCAGAAGCCAAGGAAAAAACACGAAGGGCAGACAUCCAGUCUCCCAGUGCUUCUGAGCCAACCCAGAGAGAGGAAGCUGACAAGGACGCCAUGCAUCUACCCAGCCAGACAGAGGACCAGAGCAGGGACGCUCAUGGAUCUGACUGUGACGUUACAAACUCGAAUCCUAGUUAUACUACUUCAGAAUUCAGUCCGACAGACUACGGGAGAACAGAUCUGACUGAAGUUACAGCUUCACAGAUAUUAGAAACAAAGGAAUUAUCAGAGGAUGAGAGCAUGAACUUUCAUGGACCUGAUGACUUUAAUCUGCAUUCUACUGUCACUGCUUCAGAACUAAGUAAAAUGGACAUCAGAAAGGCAGAAACAGAGGAAAUUGCAACUGUGCAACCAAUAGGAAAGGACGUACUUGACCCUACUGAGCUGGAAUUAAAGGGGCUUGCCAGUUCGGUGGAUAAUGUGGAGUCAAAGGAAUUGUCAGAAAAUAAGGAUUUGACAGUUGCUGGUAAAGCUGUAGCAUCCGUGGACCGGACAGGUUUUGUAGAAUCUAACUGUCCAAAGGAACGUCCUGUCAAACAUUCAGAUCCUACAGAAUUCACAGAGGACUCGUUUCUUGUGGAAUUUCCUGAACAGAAUAUACAACAUGUACAGUCUUCAGACUCAAACAAACCAGUACAACCUAUGGAUCCCAUGGGAAGAACUGUAGGAUUUAUGGAAUCUGUGUGUCGUACAGAAGCUGGGGGUCUGCCAUUUGAAGGUACAGCGGAUGUUUCACCACUUCAAAUACGGGAAGGAAGGGCUGAGACAACUCUGAGGGAAUAUUUAGAGCAUUGUUUGGCCUCUGAGAUGCUGAGAGAUCAGCCGCACAAGGAGGAAAAGAGAAAUGAGUUGUGGGUGGGUGAAGAGGAAGCGGGUAAGGAAAGAAGUUGGGAGAGGAGGAGUGAAGACAGAAAUGAUAGUGAGAUGGUACAUGGCAAGGAGUUAUCUUCCAUAGACAGAGGAAAAAGGGUGGAGGAUGAGGAGUUUCAUUCCUUAGAGAGAGAAAAAGAGCAGAACUACAAUGAAGGUCUAGUUGCCACAGCGGUAGCAGUUGUGACGGUAGCAAUAGCAUCAGCCAUGGCUAGCAUAGAAUUGAGCCAACAGUUAGCAGUCAUGCGGUUAAAGAGGCAAGAGUCUGCUAGCAAAGAAGCAGCAAAUGAUCCACCAUUAGCACAGGACACCAAUGAAUCAACUGAUACAUUAAACCAGCUGGCAGAUGAUUUACUCAACACUGUUCAGGCCACACAACUGUCUCCACAGCUGAUGAACAAAGACAAAGAGAACUGUCAACUGUUAGCAAUGACUCCAGCUGAGACAGAAAAUCAACCUAUAGAACUUUCACACAUUGAACCUACUGAUCAGUUCACCUAUGAAGAACAAGUUAAUGUUGAAAUAACAGAACAGUCCUAUUCUGUAGUGUUACGAUAUAACACUGAGACAGAAAAGCCACCAGUAGCAGAGCUAAGUAGCAACCAGCAGGCUAACCUUGACCUGUCAGCAGGCACUCCUAGUUUACCACAACUUGGCAAAGAGGAAAUUCAAAAAGGAACUACACAAAACAAACUCUUUAAAUGUUCACUACCUAAAGAAGAAGACAGUGUACCGCAAGUUAAAAUGAAACCUUUGCCAGAAGCAAAUGAAAUGAUUACAACCAAGGUAGACAGCCAAGGUCACAUGCAGACAGAAAUCCAGCUGCAAGAAGAAAGCCAACUUUCCUGUCCUGUUAUAGACACAGGACAACAUCCAGAGGCUUCUGACACAUUCUGUACUGAUUCUGUGGAGAAUCCCAGACGAGGAGAGCAUAGAGACCCCCAAGAUCAGAAUGACAGUGAAAGACAGUUAGAUUCACAUUUUCAACACAAUCAGAGCAAUCAGAGACAUGACAGAGAUGAUAGGCACCCUGUAGAAUCCAUAACUGCUGAGGACGAGGAAGGAAGGCAGGCACAUGAGCAGGAUAGUCCACACAGUAAGGCAGAGGAAAGUGAGAGCUGUGAACAAGGUUUCAAGGACAUGUCAGACUCAGACUGUCAGGCUAAAGAGCAUGAGAGCGAUCCACAGCUGGAUGGCCAGGUUAAAACACCAUGUGAAGGGGAGAUUUCCACUUUGCCGCUUUCUUGUGGUUCAACACUUCCUGUUAACCCCUGUGACUCGACUCCCGUGGCUGAUCCCAGUCCAGAGGAACAGACUGCCCCUGUGAAUGUGGAAACAGGCAAAUACCAAUCAUCCCAGCCAUUAGCGGACAUGAAGCGUGUCCCUGCCAUCUCUCUUGAAGAAGGCAGUGGUCAGAAGUCUGUUGCUAUGGAUAAUGAGGACGGUGUGUUUGAAGGGCUGGAUAAAGACUCUCUGGAUACAGUAGAUGGAUGGAAGGAAAGAGAAAGGAAUAAGAUGAAAAGUGAAGAGGAAGCAAGGGAAGAGAUGGUCACAGUGGAGGACACAUCCCAGACAGAAGCAGAAACGUUCCCAGCAGCAAAGGAAGAGUGUCAACAGACCAGGAGCGACUCAGACGGCACACGCACUCUGCAGAUCCAGAGGGAGGGGGAUGUUUUCUACCCUGUCCAGCCCUGCCCUGAAUCCAACACAGUAACAGCUUGUACAGACGUCCAUCCAGACAGAGAGGAGUGUGUGUCGGUGUGUUUGCUGCACAGAGACAAAGUCAGUGCUGAAGUGGAUGACACUGUCUUUCAAAAGCCUGAAGAUCUGAACAGAGGAGUUCGUGCCUCCUGUUCCUCCACAGAUGAUGCGAUGAUACAGGGAGCCCUCAGUCCCAGUGAGGGGGCUUUGUCAGGGGGCACAGCUGACGCUGUGGCCCCUCUGAGCUCCAGACUGUUCUGGAAGUCAGAAACAGAAGACAGAGGAGGAGGAGAGACAGAAGGAGGAGGAGAAGAAGAAGAGAAAAAAGACCAUCUUCCAGAAAAUCCCGUCUCCUCUUCCAUCCUGCGAGCCUCCAUCCGUUCCUUGUCUCCGUUCCGUCGUCACAGCUGGGAGCCGGGCUGCAACAACGCCGCUGCAGAUAAUGACAUCACACAGCGCAGCUCAUUGAAGAGCCUGUCAGGACAAGCAAUGAGAGCCAAGGCCCCCCUCCACAGGAGAAGUUUGAGUUGGUGUCCAUCCAGCCUGCGUCGUCCUGAUCAGGAGCAAAUAGACAAUAGAAGCUACAGUCUGGAGGGUCUGGAGGUGGAGAGGGUAGCAGACCAUGCUCAGUGUCCCCGCCUCAGUGAUCUGGAGGAGAGGACUGCAGGGAGGAGUUCCUGUGUAGAGAGCCAGGAGAGAGGCUCACUGGUGUCCCUCACUGAGGAGGAGCAGGAAGGAGACGGAAGCAGCAUCGAUAGCCAGGUACUGUCAGUGACAACCAGCUGUCCUGCCAUGUUCCAUCACCAAACCCUCACCAAAUCCAUCUCCAUGGUUACCAUCAGUCACCGUGAUAUAGAUGGGGUGAACUCAUUCUCCAGUAACUCUGGCUCACUGGAAUACAGUAUUUCAGAGGAGGAGCCAGGCCCUCUGCGGCGUGACACUGAGGGAAAAGGAGGACCUAAAAUCAGUCGGACGUUCAGCUACCUCCGCAGCAAGAUGAGCAAGAAAGGCAAGGAGAAGGAGAGGAGAGGAGAGAGGGAACGAGAGAGUAAAGAGAGAGAAAAGAAGAGUGCAAACGGUCAUCUCUUCCUCCCAGUCAGCCUGUCUCCUUCCGCGGCCUGUCAGCACUGCACCAAACUUGUGCACAAUAAGGAAAUGUUCCUCUGCAACAACUGUGGAGUCCAUGUCCAUAAGUGCUGCAGAGAGAGUCUGCCUGUCUGUACGAAGAGCAGAGCCAAGCAGCAGUCUCUGGUGCCAGAAGCUGUUCCUGGGUCAGCUGUUAACAUGAGGAGUAAAUCUACAUCUUCAGCAUCAUCUGUAUCAUCCACAUCCUCCUCAUCGUCACGGGAACGCUGGUCCACGGUAACCACCCCUGACGACCUGCUUCCUGUGGUGUUUCCACGGAGACACCCCAGCAUCUUCAACUCACACAGCAACCUGGCCAAGAGCAUCUCCACCAGCAACAUAGCAGGGUUAGAUGAAGUUCCACUGAAAGGCCUGAAGUUUCUGUCCCAGUCCACUGACUCUCUUCAUCAGGGGAGCAAAGUCAAUGCCUCGACAGAGUCGCUCACCGAUGAAGGUACUGAGAUGAUGGACAGUCAGCUGAUGGGAGAAUUUGAGUGCGACAUUAAAGAUUUGGAAGCUGAUUCUUGGAGCGGCACGGUGGAUAAGAAGUUCUUGAAAACGCUGAAGAAAGACGAAAUCAAGAAACAAGACGUCAUCUACGAGCUGUACCAGACAGAGUUCCACCAUGUGAGAACCCUGAAGAUCAUGUCUGAAGUGUUCUACAAAGGCCUUCAGAAUGAGCUGCAGCUCGACACUCACACUCUGGACAAGAUUUUCCCUGUUUUGGACGACCUGCUGGACACGCACACACAUUUCCUCACCCUGCUCCUGGAUAGAAAGAGAGCUUCCUCUGCUGAGGGACAAAACAACAACAGCUUCCUCAUCUGCAGCAUCGGGGACGUCCUGGUCAACCAGUUUUCAGGCUGCAGUGCUGAUCGUAUGAAGAAGGUUUAUGGGAAGUUCUGCAGUCGGCACAAUGAAGCGGUCAGUCUCUACAAAGACCUGCAUGCCAAAGAUAAACGCUUCCAGGCCUUCACCAAGAGGAUAAUGAGCAGCAGCAUUGUGCGGAGGCUCAGUAUUCCAGAGUGCAUUUUGUUGGUCACUCAGAGGAUCACCAAAUAUCCUGUUCUGAUCCAGAGGAUUCUCCAGCACACUAAAGACUCGGAGGAAGACCACAGCUGUGUUUGUGAAGCGCUGCGCCGUGUGAAGGAGCUGAUCUCGGCCGUGGACAGUAAAGUCAACGAGCAGGAGAAGAAACAGAGACUGAGGGAGGUCUACAGCCGCACUGACAGUAAGUCUAUCAUGAGGAUGAAGAGCGGCCAGAUGUUUGCCAAAGAGGACCUGAUCAGAGGGAGGAAGCUGCUGCAUGACGGAGCGCUGCAGCUGAAAACCUCUGCUGGACGACUCAAAGAUGUCCACGCCAUGCUCCUGUCUGACGUGCUGGUCUUUCUUCAGGAAAAAGACCAGAAAUAUGUCUUUGCCUCAUUGGACCAGCGCUCUACAGUCGUCUCUUUACAGAGUCUGAUUGUCCGAGAAGUGGCCAACGAGGAGCGAGGUCUCUUUCUGAUCACAGCCGGUAUAGAGAGGCCAGAGAUGGUGGAGGUGUUGGCCAGCAGUAAGGACGAGCGCAACACAUGGAGGGCCAUUAUACAGGACGCCAUGCACUGCAUGGAGAAAGACGAGGACGAGGGAGUUCCCAGCGAGACAGAAGAGGACAGGCGGCAGCAGGAGAACAGAGCAAAGGAGAUCCGAGAGCUUCUACGAAGGAAGGACGAGCAGAUCAUCUCUUUACUGGAGGAGAAGGUCCACAUCUUCAGAGACCUGGGCGAUUGUAAUCCCACCCCUGAUGAUACAAGUCCUCCAGUCAGGGAGCGGAUGUUAUUCAGGGCCACACCUGAUGAUGUCACAAAGGGGGAGCCAAUUAUAAAGGAUGCCCUGAGCAAAGUGGAGACCCUACAUGCUUUAGUCAGCAGUGGUGUUGGUGGAGCCGGCUGCAGUGUCCCAGUUGGCCCGACAGGGGGCAGCGUGGGACCGGUCUGUCUGCCCAGGAGAGCUGAGACGUUCGGAGGCUUCGACAGUCAUCAGAUGAACAGUAGCAAGAAUGGAGAGAAGGAAGAGGGGGAUGAAUCACUGGACCUCCGCAGGACUGAGUCAGACAGCGUGUUGAAGAAGGGAGCCACUGCCAGCCUACAGAUGUUGCUGAAGAGAAACAACGAGCAGGUCCAGCACAGUGUGACACAUCUUCACGACCUGCUGAUUUCACUGCAGGCCGUGGUGGUCCAGCAGGACUCGUUCAUUGAGGACCAGCGGCAGGCCCUGAACGAUCGGCUCACCGCCAACUCCUCCAGACACUCGUCCUCUUCCUCGCUCUCGUCCUCUUCUUCCUCCCGCCCCUCCUCCCUCAUCGAACAGGAGAAACACAGGAGUCUGGAGAGACAGCGACAGGAGGCGGCCAGCCUGCAGAAACAGCAGGCUGCACACCAGGAAGAAAAGAGGAGGAGAGAGAAGGUAUGGGAGCUGAAGGAGAAAGGUCUGGCAGAGCGGGAAGAGAGGCUGAGGGUGGAGGAGGAGGAGACCAGGAGGAGGCGUCGGGAGGUGAUGGAGGAGAGAGAGACGCUGCAGAGGAAGAAAGAGGAGUACCAGAGAGAGCUGGAGAGGCUGAGGGAGGCCCAGAGGAGGCUGGAGCGAGACAAGGAGGCUCUGAGGAGAGACACCGAGCGACUGGAAGCCACGACGAGAGACCAGGCGGAGCAGCUUCAGAGGUACCAGCGGACUCCCUCCACCACAUCUGAAGACUCCAUAAGGUUCCACAGCUCCGGGUCUCUGGAUCUGGAUUCAAAAGAAGCAGCAGAACAGCCAAAAGAGGUGGAGCUCUCAUCCUCUGCUCCGACCAAAGAACCUUUCCUCCGCAUUGGAUCCAAGAGGAUGGGCAAAAACUUUAACCCCUUCUCCUCGUCAUCCUCCUCUAAGCCUCAGGGAGCAGAGAAGGAGGCCCAGCUCCCCACCAGACUGCUCCAGCUGGCCAAGCCCAAAGAGAAGAAGGACAAGAAGAAGAAGAAGCCACAGACAGAAAGCAAAGUGAUGUUGGAUCCUCAGAAUGAUGGAGACAUCUUCUUCUGCUGAGGACCUGGACGAUGCACAUGUGAACUUCUAACCUUCCUGAGGAACCAGACAACUGGCCAGUGCAGCAAACAGGACCCAGAGUGUCCCUUAACUCUAGAUUUGGAUAUAAAAUGCCCACAUGCGUCUUUGCUGACCAUCAUGGAUGAGAAGCCAGCCGGGUUCCCAGGAUGAAAGUCUGACUUACGUGCGUGUGUCCCCCAAGUGAACAAAGGUAAUGACCUUCAACCAGAAACACCAGGCGAAGUAAUGUUGAGGACUUUAAUGGACAAAUGUGCCAAGAAUAUCUCCUAUAGCCUUCCAUCGGGUAGAGCAGUGAGAGGAACACAAGAGGAAAACAGAUCCUUGAUUUCUUCCAGUUGUCAGUCAGAGAUCAUGUGUUAGACCAAGUCACAUGAUUUAACAUCAACCAAUAAGUGCCUUUUUUUUUUUCAAGUUUUGCUGGUGCUAACUUUGAAUGCUUGUGAUGCUGGUGACUCCUGAGUUUCAGUGAACAGUUACAGUAGGGGUCCCUAAAUUUGCUUUAACUCCAGUUUUAUCAGUCAAGCUGCCAAACAAGACCUAAGAGGGAGUAAGAGAUGGCACACGACAUGGUGUUUGGAACAGUUAGUAACGCCGUUUGUCUCUGUCCACACUGUGCUGAGGUCAGUGUGUGCAACACAGUCAAUCCAUGACACGUCAGUUACCAGAGAGAGGUGGAUGAAUCUGCAGAGACGGGCAUGUCUCACGGUCCACUGAGGGGUCAGGACACAAGACGAAAGUGGGAAUGAUCAGCAAAGACUCUGAUAUUGUCUCUUUCUGUUGAAUGUAAUGACAGUGGAAUGAAGUGCAUUCUCAAAGCAGUUUUUAAUAGUUGUUGUCAAAUAAUCACCUCCAAUCUCUAGAAAGUCAUCAUUUUCUUGUAGUUGGUCAUGAAAUGUACCAGUCAGUAUGGACAAUAUAAUCAGAGAUCAUCUUUAGUCAUCAAUCAGUGGGACAAUUCUGGCAGUGCAACUGUUGCAGCACAACAGGAUCAGGAAUACAAAGGUUUUAACAUGCACUUUAUACACAUGAGAGAGUGAUGCUUUAUUUUAAGGGUCUGUCAUUUCCUAAGAAUUUUUGUUUUAAGCUGAAGAGAUACAGGAAAUGUGGAGGGGGGCGGGGUGACAUGCACCCGGGCCGCUGUGGUAAGGACUCGGCCUUGUACCAGCCGAGCUUCCGGGGCGCCCCAUUUCCUAAUAAUUUAAUCUGAAUUUCUUUUCAGUCAUUUGGUACUAAUUUCAGGGAACAUGGGAACAAAGAUGAGCUCCAUUUAUUAUUGAAAACUUUUAUUCUUCUAUUUUUUAUCUUGUGCUCGAAAUCAAUAUCAUCUGUCAGGACUUAGGGGGCUCCAUGCGUAUGCGUGCUUGUAGAUACAUUUCACAUAUUUUCCCAUUUUUGCGUGUCCAUUGAAUUGAAAUGAUUUAAUUACAAGUGUACCAAUUGGACAGUGUUUCCCUAUAAGCAGAAUCAGAUAACACAGUUAUUUGUACAAGUCCUAGUAAAUGACUAUAAGACUGUAAAAUAAAGCAUUACCCUUAGUUAUGUUGUGGUGGGACUCCAAUAAUACUGAAUAUAGGCUUUUACUGGAUUUAUAUUGAGAUGAUAUGAUCAUAUCCUGUUAUUGUCUUUCAAAAUUCUGCGGUCAAAAUGAAUGAUUCCAAGCACAUCUGAAUGGAUGCAGAACAGUGGAACUCACUUCAGUGCACUGAACAUCAGUUUGACUGAGCUCGACAGUUCAGUCUUGACCUUGGAAACAUCAGCUGACAAAACAAUCUCGUCUCAAGGUCCAUUUAGUAGCUCUUCCGGAGCUUUCAACCACAUUGGCAGAUUGAGUUUACUCAGGCACCAUGGAACUGUUGAUGUUCAAAGUUGCCAUGAUUGUUGAUGUAAAUCAAUUUGGAUUCAUUUCUAAGUAGUUUUACAUACAUUUGCCACUUUGUGAUAAAUAUUGAUAUUUAGCUCUACUUAAUAGUAGAAAAAUAGAGAGAAGAUAACCUUAACCCUCAUGUAAGAAAAAACUAAUCUUGUCGGGUUUGUUAAGGGCUCACAGUCACAUCAAUCAAUGGCAAUCAUUAUAGACAGAAACAGAGUCAUUGACAGUUGGUAACGCUGUAGAUUGUCAGAUAGUGGCUGGAUACUUUAUUUAACUCAGUUGAAGAGAGGAGAGACGAGCCUUUAAUUCUAAUUUCCCCUGGUCCUUAUGAGUAUGUUUGAUCAUAGUUUUUUGGUAGGACACCCUCUUGUUUUCUGAUCUGCGUCUAUUUGUCAUAUUAGUUUGCCGUUGCUCAACACUUCCUCCAUCUGUUUCACAUUUAAAUCCUUCAGUGGGUACUAUCUCCUUCCUUUCCCUGAAGGUCUUAUUUUGAAACAAAGUAGAAUCAAUCAAAGUGAAUUCCAGAGGACACUGAGGAUGACUGAUGGAAUAAUGCUGUGGAAAUACACAUUAUGUUGAAGUUACCAUGUAUGUCAGUACAUUUACUGGUCAUUAGAUUUUUCUAUACAUAUUUUGCUAUUAUUUCACACCCAGCCAUUAUUUGAGAAUUUACAGUAUAUACCAAAGUCAGGUUUAACCUAGGGUCAGACUUUCCAUGCGUGAAGCUGAAGUGUGAAUUGAACUUUAUACAGCAGUUUUUUUAGACUUGUUCCAACAGAUGACUGUUUUGCAUUUUAUUGGAAAGACAAUUCAUAAGUGCAUUGGAUCAUGAAUGGUAAAUGGACUGUACUUGUAUAGCGCCUUUCUAGUCUUCCGACCACUCAAAGCACUUCACACACUGAGUGAAAUGAGAGAAGAGAAAAACUAUUUAAAAAUAGUUUCUCUUAGAAGAACACUUGAAAUCUACUUUAAAUCCCUCUGUGCUCUGCAUUGUACUGCAGAGAUCCCUCUUAAACUGAAUGUAUGGGACAAGAACAAAUACAACCAAUACUCCAGGGAGCAAAAACAGCAGCAUCUGUUAAUACCCAACCCUUCCUCAAAAUCCUUCCCCAUAAUCCUCAGAUUGUGUGUCUUUUCCUGUACACGUCCCCUCUCCAGCCCUGCUGGCAUUGAUAACACACCAACACACAGUGGAUGCCCUGAGGCUCAUAUUCAUCCCCUCUCAUCUAUCCACAAUAAUAACUCAUAGCUUUAGACUUGCACCACAUUGAUUUUUUCCUCCUAUUCUCUUUCUAAGCUCCCGAAGCCAUUCAUAGGAAGCCGCAGUCUGAAGAAUAAUAUUUCAGCCCACAGUGUCAUUUCCCGCCUUGCUGCUGAGAGGAGCAGAUAGCACAGCAGCCCAUCUCUAAUUCACUGCACCCUGACCCUAUUGUUCUCUCUCCCUCUCAUUAUUGUGUGCGAUCACCAGCAGUGGUUGGUCUUCCUCAGUCCUUCAGUCUUCUGAUUCAGAAGCAAAAACAAUCAGGUUCCUUUGGAGACUUAUUCAUAGUUGUGUCCCUGCAGAUUCACAUCAAAACCAGAAAUAUAUUUUUACAGUAUCACACAGCCUUAAUAGAACUUAAAUGAGAGAAAUGUUAUAUACAUGAGUUGUGCCUUAAAGUUUUUUCUGCUACAGCUUACAGAUCCGCUCUGUAAAUAAGAUGCCAUGUGCUCUCUUUUGCAAAAAAGUAAAAAGAUAUUUCAUAGUUUUUGUUGUCAUGAUAGUGCCCCCUGUCUUUGCAUUAACCAGUCAGAAUGCUGUUGUUGUCUGUCUACAAAGACAACUGUAUUUGCAUAAAGCUGUAACCGUCACUGUUCUAUCAUUGGCUGACAGAGACACAUCACGAAGAGAGCUGCAGACUUUGAACAACAACCUACUUUAGCUUUCUAGCUAAUGUUUCCUUCUUCUCUGCAGACACACGUCACACCUUGGCUUGCUAACAAGCUUUCAAACAAACAUCCACCAGGGAAAAGUAUACCGCUAACAGCAGUUUGCAGGUUAGAGAGCUAAUUAGUCAGCUGUGUCACACUGAACAGCUUAAAAAUGUACCUGCAAAUAUCAACGGUCAGUUUGAAUGCGAAAUCAUGUAGUACACCACUCUUAACAAAACACUGUCUGUCCUUAGCUGCAGAGCUACAUUUAGCAGCACCAUUCAGUUUAUACGGUGUCUUUGUUGAGAGGCUAAAGGAGCAUUUCUGAUGGAUCUCCAAAGAUGUUUUUUUGUUCCUUUCAGUGAUUAAAAAUAUGAACAAUAAAUGUAAAAAUCAAUUUGAUAUGCAAGAAAGAUGGCUAAUUGUGAUUUAAGUUGGAUUGAAAUACAGAUUUAGUCUUCCAUGUAUGAGCACUAUGAAAUGUUGUGAAAUGGACAGUAAAACCCAAGAACUGCCAAAUUAAAAAAUAAAUGUCUAGGAUAUUAGAUUACAACCCCUCUUAAUUCAUUACUUGUGUUGUGUUUAAUGUAUUUAAUCAGGAUGUGUAUUUUUAUAUGUAUGUUUCUAAUUAUUAACUUUUUUAUUUUUAAAGAUAAAUGAAGAAUUUAUUUUUCAAAGCCUGCAGAUACAUGGUCACAUAUGGUGUAAUGCUACUUGUAAAUUAAACAACCUAAGCUGUCUGAAAAGAAAGAUUAACAAGCGCAUAGUCCAAAUCUAUUCACCAUCUUCUUUCAUUUACUAAAACCCAUCAUCUAUCUUUUUCAACACUGUUCUACAUUUCAAGCUAAAGGCACCAAGGAUGAAAUCUUGUGAUGUUUUCUUCGUAUAAAUCAUAGCAGCACUGCCACGUGGUAGCAACCAGAGUCCUGCUGUGAAGAGGGAGAUUAGUUUAAAUACCAAUUUACACUUCCACCCCCUCUCUGAUCCAGACAACCCCCCAAAGUGACGUCCUUCAGUGGGUUUCAGUGUCCUUAAGUAAAAACCAGACAUUUUUACUUCAGUGUAGUUUUAAUCAGUGGAAAUGAGUCCACAGAGGUAUGUAUAUGCAGGGCUGUUCUCCACAGUUUUUUCCCUUGAACACUUCUACACUUCAAUACACAAUCUUCCGCUUUUGGAUCCCUGAAAAUAAAAUAAGCUAAAUCACAGAAACAAUGUUUGAUCAGAGAGUUUAGUGGUUUGAAAAGGAAGUGAAACCUGAAAUCUUGUGUUUUGCUGAGAGCUGAGCAUGCUGGGAGGCCUGGCUCUCUUCUCCUCCACAUUGUUCCCAUUCAGUGUGCACUAGAAUUUUACUAAAACCAUUCAUACAACUUUACAAACUCACAUUAGACCUUACAGUUUUUGCACUGUGAGCUUUUUGAAAUGUAUUUGUACUAAAAACAGAAGGUACAAAGUUUAUUUUAUGUACAAAGAAAAAAAGGGCAAAGCAACAAAUUUUGUAAAUAUGUAUUAUGUACAAAUUUGAACUUCCAAAGUAUUGAUGACUGUGGAUUUUGUUUAGUUUGAUGAUUGUUUUUUUAAAAUAAAUAAUAAAGCUUUAUUUAUCUGUCGUCCUGUACAGUAAUUUUCUCUCAUCAAUAAAUAACUAUGCUGUUUGUCAUGUGA